AUGGCAUGCCGGGGUCCUGCCUGUGUCUUGACUGAGGAACAGGUCCAGCUUGAGAAGAUGAUCUCAUCCGAUUUCCCCGCAGACAGCUUCGCCCCGCCGCGGAGCACGGGCAGCAGCCUGCAGCGAAGCCGUCGGCUCGCCGCGCCCGGUGGAGCUGUUGCAGGGCUGGCUGGAGCCGUUGGUCUCCCGCGGUUGCGGCCACGGAAGGCCCUUGUGUCAGUGGCCGAGCCAAACACAUCUCAAGAGGUGAUUGAUUUGUCAGAGAAGUUGCAGUCUUUGCGACAGGCAGCAGAAGAGGCUCUGGAGCGAGAUCCACCGCAGCACACCUGGUUGCCGGAGGGCUGCGAAGACGCACCACCGGACAUCUUGGCAAAAUUAGUGCAGAUGACCGCUGGUGCUGGCAUGUUUCCUGGAGAUGACAAAGUGGAUCAGCUUUGGAUCGAAAUGGACGCGGCUGCACGUGCUCCUGACAAAGGUGAAGAGACCACGCCUCACUGGAGUCACGCGCGUUUGCGCGAGGAAGGGGAUUCUGGAGGUGGGUUGGCGGAGUCUGCCUUUGCCAGCGAGUUUCUGAGGAGAUCGGAGGCGGUUCAGGAGGCUUUGACGCGUGGGCUUUGGACUGAACUCCCAGAGUCUGUGGACCCUGACCUUCUCGAGGUCUACGUCACGCACCUCACGAACGACGACUACGUGGUUGGAGCUGAGAUACUGGCUGCAUCCUUGGCAGCAACAGGCACCACUCGACCCUUGGUGGCUCUGGUCACUGACGGCCUCAGUGUUGCUGCGCGUGAAGCCCUCCGACGCAGCGGCUGGCUGCUGAUGGAGGUUGGCCUCGUGGGGCAUGAAGGGGUUGACACUCCUCAAGCUCGUGGCUUCUUCUCCAAGAUUUGGCUGUGGGCACUGCCAUUCCACAAAGUAAUCUACAUCGACACGGACAUUCUGGUCCUACGCAACCUGGACCACGUUUUCCAGGACUAUGGGCAUUUUGAGUUGGCGGCCGCAGCAGAUUCUCAGCCACAUAUGGAUGGCGAGAUGAUUUCUCAGACAGGCUUCCUGGUGUUGCAACCAUGCCCUGAGCGUUUCUCAGAACUUUGGGUGUUGUGUUCAGGUUCCGAUCGGCCAAUGAAGCUUGACGACUGGAAGCACUUUGAGCAAGGAUUCUUCACCAUCUACUUUGAUUCAGGAGAGGAGCUCGCAGACCAUGGUGGUGGUUGCGGACUGGGAUGGCACGAGCUGAAGCCAGAAUACAACUUUACCGUGCGCUAUUGCAAGCGGCCCUUGUUUGAUGGCUUGAGCCCCAAAAACGCUGCGGUGGUUCACUUUGCAUGCGCGAAGCCGUGGGAUUGGGCGCAGAAGAACUUCUCACCUGCACCCUAUGUGAAGAUGUAUCUUGAGUUUGCCAAAGCAGCAGGCAUCGUUUGGAAAACCGUGGAGUGUUCUGCGGAUAGGGCACGUGAUCGCGUCAACCAAGAUAAGAUGCGUGAGAUUCAAGCUCGGGGAGGUCUCGGCUAA